AUGGCGGACAGACCUCAGAAUUCGGAGAAGGGUGGGAAUAGGUCGGUAACAAGAUCUCAAAUAUCACAGAUCUCAAACAUUGCAUCACCACCUGGAUCGAAGACACCACCAAGCAUGCCGUCAAAGCGCACGAUGUAUUUCCCAGACAAUUCAAAUUCGGGCAGCCGGCAACCGCAAGAUGCAGCAGAGCCAGUCGACCCUAGUGCGCUUGCAAAAGCAUUGAAGGACUAUGAGGCUGCUGGGAGUCGGCGGGACAGGACCCCAGCCUCCAGCCCAUGUCGCAAGAGACAACGGGUAUAUGGAGAUCGAUUCAUUCCCAAUCGUGACGGACAAGAUCUACAAGCGACUUAUAGCUUGUUGCAUGAAGACGGUUGCCCGUCUACUCCUUCCAAGGCCAAGAAACGACCCCCUCAUUCUGAGCUCCAUUUCCAAAAAACCGAGGAAGCCAACCGUACAUUUUCCCGAGUCUUGCGCAGCGAGCUGUUCGGAAACACGGUCCCGCAGCCCGACUUGAACUCUGCGCCACCCGACCCUUUGCUCGGCUUCAGCAAUGGAAUCCAUGACAAGACUCGAUCUCAUACACCUCCCGCUCAUAUCGUUGCAAAUCUCCCUCCCGCUAGCAUCACACCCACCACCCCACACAAGAACCUCUUCAACUAUGGACCUUCACGGCCCGGAUCGGGACAUCCGACCCCCUCCAAAACCCCUCGAAGUGUCCAUGGCCCCAAUUUAGACGUGCGAUCUGAGCUCUACAGCCUUUCUCCUAUCCGAUAUGACAGCCAGCGUAUUCUCGAAACACCUCGAAAGCAGGCCCGGUAUGUAAAUAAGGUGCCCUACAAGGUCUUGGAUGCGCCAGAUCUUCAGGAUGAUUUCUAUUUGAACCUAGUGGACUGGGGCAGUAGUAAUGUUCUUGGCGUUGGAUUGGCGAACUCUGUCUACAUGUGGAACUCCCACACGGGUGGAGUGACAAGGUUGUGUGAGCUGAAAGAUGAUACCGUGACCAGCGUGAGCUGGAUUCAAAGGGGCACACAUCUUGCAAUUGGCACAGGUAAAGGUCUGGUCCAAAUAUGGGAUGCUGAGCACUGCCGGCGCCUACGAACCAUGAUUGGACAUACCAACCGAGUUGGUGCUUUGGCAUGGAACGAUCACAUUCUCACCUCGGGAUCUCGAGACCGUCUCAUUUAUCACCGUGAUGUUCGGUCUCCAGACCAGUACGUUCGAAAGCUUUCUGGCCACAAACAAGAAGUCUGCGGUUUGAAGUGGAAUACCGAAGAUGGGCAAUUAGCAUCUGGUGGAAAUGACAACAAACUGAUGGUUUGGGAUAAACUGAGCGAGACGCCCCUCUACCGUUUCUCUGACCACAAUGCCGCAGUCAAGGCCAUUGCAUGGUCUCCUCAUCAACAUCAUCUUCUGGCUUCUGGCGGUGGUACCGCUGACCGCACUAUCAAGUUCUGGAACACACAAACCGGCUCAAUGAUCAAAGAGGUCGACACUGGCAGCCAGGUCUGCAACCUCUCUUGGUCCAAAAAUUCAGACGAGAUCAUCAGCACACACGGGUACAGCCAGAACCAAAUCGUCAUUUGGAAAUACCCGCGUAUGGAACAAAUCGUCUCUUUGACUGGCCACACUUUCCGCGUUCUUUACCUCGCCAUGAGCCCUGACGGCCAGACCGUCGUAACAGGGGCUGGCGACGAAACAUUGAGAUUCUGGAAAAUAUUUGAUAGACGAGCUACAAGAGACACUCGUCGGGAAGGCAGCAAACUGGCCGAAUGGGGCACCAUCCGGUAG